GCGAAGUUUGAAAGCCCCGCCCCUUGCUACAGCCAAGCGAACGGAGAUUGUUUUCCUCUCUCGGGGAGAUUUUCACUUUGCAGCCCCCAUAGCUUGAAUUGUUUAUUUUAAAUCACACAGCCACUGAUAAGUUGCUUUUAGCACUCACUUCGGGUCCAUUCUCUGCCAGGAAUAUAACCCGGAUCUUAACGGAUUAUCAAAGCUUCAUUCGGGAUCAUCAGCUUGCUAUUUAGGAGAGGGGUCUCUCAGCUCUUACGAGUAUGAGUUCAUAAUGAAGCGGCGUCUGGAGGAUCAGGAAACGGUUUUUGCGUCCCAGCAGCGGCGCCUCACUGGCAACGCGGAGGCUUUCCAGCAUCGGGUCCUGGCCCCUGCUCCAGCCCCGGCUGUGUAUGAGGCAGUGUCUGAAAACAUGCAGCCCACAGCAGGCGUCCAGUACUCCGUCCCACAGGGCUACCAGGUUCCCACUGUAGCCCAAAACAGUGGGGGGCAUGGGCACGCUCCGAGCCCAGCCGUCCACGGUGGGUCCCACCACCACAGCCCGGCAGUCCAGUCCCAUGGGCCCUCAGUGAUGUCAGGGCACAGCCAUACAGCUGCACCUCAGGCCUCUGCACAGGGCCAGCAGCAGUUCCAGAGGCUCAAGGUGGAAGAUGCUUUGUCCUACUUGGACCAAGUGAAACUGCAGUUUGGCAACCAGCCUCAGGUCUACAAUGACUUUCUGGAUAUAAUGAAAGAGUUCAAGUCUCAAAGUAUUGACACCCCUGGGGUCAUCAGCAGAGUGUCACAACUUUUCAAAGGUCACCCUGACCUCAUCAUGGGCUUCAACACCUUCCUGCCUCCCGGCUACAAGAUAGAAGUCCAGACCAACGACCUGGUCAACGUGACCACUCCCGGUCAGAUCCACCACAUCACCCCGCACGGCAUUUCAGUUCAGAACAUCCCCAUAACAGGAGCACCCACCCCACACCCGCCCCCGCUCCCAUCUGCUGUGACCACCACUGCUCCGCCCCUCCUGACACAGCCCACUCCUGCCAAGAUGAGCAAGUCCUUCAAACUUGACAUGCUGUGGUCCUGUACUCUGCAGCCUCUCCAGCCCCAGGCGUUGACACCGAGUAGUCAGAGCAAUCCGUCCAUACCUGCAUACACCUCUCCUCGUUCCCCGCCCAUGCAGCUCCAUCCUCCACUUAGUGGGACCCCCACGGGGCCACCCAUUCAAAACAACCAGCCUGUGGAGUUCAACCACGCCAUCAACUACGUCAACAAGAUCAAGAACCGCUUCCAGGGCCAGCCCGACAUCUACAAAGCCUUCCUUGAGAUCCUUCACACGUACCAGAAGGAGCAGCGUAACGCUAAAGAGGCCGGUGGAAACUACACGCCGGCUCUGACGGAGCAGGAGGUCUACGCUCAGGUGGCAAGACUCUUCAAGAACCAGGAGGACCUGCUCUCAGAGUUUGGACAGUUUCUCCCCGACGCCAACAGCUCAGUGCUGUUAAGUAAAACCACAGCUGAGAAGGCAGAGUCUGUACGGAACGAUCACGGUGGCACAGCCAAGAAGCUGCAGCUCAACAACAAGCAGAGGCCCAAUCAGAACGGCUGCCAGAUCCGUCGUCAUCCAACACCGGGGACCACGCCCCCUGUCAAGAAGAAGCCCAAGUUACUGAAUCUGAAAGACUCCUCGGUGGCAGAGGCCAGCAAGCAUGGAGUUGGAACAGAAUCUCUGUUCUUUGAGAAGGUUCGCAAAGCCUUGCGGAGUGCAGAGGCCUACGACAACUUCCUGCGCUGUUUGGUCAUCUUCAACCAGGAGGUGAUCUCCAGGGCGGAGCUGGUACAGCUGGUGCUGCCCUUCUUAGGAAAAUUCCCCGAGCUGUUCAACUGGUUUAAAAACUUCCUGGGUUAUCGGGAAAUGUCCCACAUCGAAACGUACCCCAAGGAGCGAGCCACCGAGGGCAUCGCCAUGGAGAUCGAUUAUGCUUCCUGUAAGAGGCUGGGCUCCAGUUACAGAGCUCUGCCCAAAAGCUACCAACAGCCCAAGUGCACCGGCAGGACUCCUCUUUGUAAAGAGGUCUUAAAUGACACCUGGGUCUCCUUUCCCUCCUGGUCUGAGGACUCCACGUUUGUCAGCUCCAAGAAGACUCAAUAUGAGGAGCACAUUUACCGCUGUGAGGACGAACGCUUCGAGCUGGACGUCGUACUGGAGACAAACCUGGCCACCAUCAGAGUCCUGGAGUCGGUACAGCGGAAGUUGUCCCGCAUGUCCGCAGAGGAGCAGGCCAAGUUCAGAUUGGACAACACGCUCGGCGGCUCCUCGGAGGUCGUGCACCGCAAAGCCAUCCAGAGGAUAUACGGAGACAAGGCGCCUGACAUCAUCGACGGCCUGAAGAAGAACCCCGCCGUGUCUGUUCCCAUCGUGUUGAAGAGGUUAAAGACAAAGGAGGAGGAGUGGAGGGAAGCCCAGCGAGGCUUCAACAAGAUCUGGAGGGAGCAGAACGAGAAGUAUUACCUCAAGUCUCUCGAUCAUCAAGGCAUCAACUUCAAGCAGAAUGACACCAAAGUGCUUCGAUCCAAGUCGCUGCUGAAUGAAAUCGAAAGCAUUUACGAUGAGCGUCAGGAGCAGGCAUCGGAGGAGAACGCCUCUCCACCCACAGGCCCUCAUCUGACGCUGUCGUACGAGGACAGCCAAAUCCUCGAGGACGCGGCCGCGCUCAUCAUCCACCACGUCAAGCGGCAGACCAGCAUCCAGAAAGAGGACAAAUACAAGAUCAAGCAGAUCAUCUACCACUUCAUCCCUGACAUGCUCUUCUCUCAACGGGGGGAGCUCUCCGAUGUGGAGGAGGAGGAGGAGGAAGAGGACAUGGAUCUCGAAGAUGGCGCUUCCAAAAAGCACAACGGCGUCCCCGGCAGCCGGAGCCCGUCCAAGUCCAAGCUGCUGUUCGGCAACACGGCGGCGCAGAAGCUGCGAGGCUGCGACGACGCCUACAACCUUUUCUACGUCAACAACAACUGGUACAUCUUCCAGCGGCUGCACCAGACGCUGUGCUCGAGGCUGCUGCGGCUGUACGGGCAGGCAGAGCGACAGAUCGAGGAGGAGGUCAGAGAACGGGACUGGGAGAGGGAAGUGCUGGGGCUGAAGAAGGAGAAGAACGACAACCCGGCCAUCCAGCUGAGACUAAAAGAGCCAAUGGACAUCGAGGUGGAGGAUUACUACUCCGCCUUCCUGGAGAUGGUCAGGAAUCUGCUGGAUGGGAACAUGGAGGCCUCUCAGUACGAGGACUCUCUGAGGGAGAUGUUCACCAUUCACGCUUACUCCGCCUUCACAAUGGACAAACUCAUCCAAAGCAUCGUCCGGCAGCUCCAGCACAUCGUGAGCGACGAGAUCUGUGUCCAGGUAACGGACCUCUACCUCUCUGAGAGCACGAACGGAGCCAGCGGAGGAGCCAUGUCCACGCAGUCCACCAGGAGCUCCGCAGAAUCCACCUACCAGCGGAAAGCCGAGCAGCUCAUGUCUGACGAGAACUGCUUCAAGGUGAUGUUUCUGAGGAACAGAGGGCAGGUGCAGCUCACCGUGGAGCUGCUCGACACAGAGGAGGAGAACUCAGACGAGCCAAUGGAGGCCGAGCGUUGGUCUGAUUAUGUUGGACGCUACUUAAACGCAGAUUCCACCACACCUGAGUUGAGGGAACACCUCGCUCAGAAGCCAGUUUUUCUUCCCAGGAAUCUGAGACGGAUCAGAAAGUACCAGAAGGGUCGAGAGCAGCUGGACAAAGAGGCCUGCGAGGGAGGCAAGAAGUCCCUGGAGAAGGAGAAAAUGGAGUGCAUGUUCAAACUCAACUCUUACAAGAUGGUCUACGUCUUUAAGUCGGAGGAUUACAUGUACCGACGCACCGCCCUGCUGCGAGCUCACCAGUCACACGAGAGGGUGAGCACGCGGCUGCACAAACGCUUCCAUGCCUGGGUGGAGGCGUGGGUCAAGGAGCACGUCACCCGCGACAUGAACGCCGAAACCAACAAGUGGCUGAUGGGCGAAGGACGCGACGGCCUCCUUCCUUGCACCACCAGCCGGCAGCCGGAAGUCCUUCACUUCAUGAACAUCAACAAAUACCGCGUCAAGUACGGCACACCCAGCAAGGCGCCAUAGCCGAGGAGGAACAGAGGAGAGAGAGAGAGAGAGAGAAAGAGAGAGAGAUAGAGAGAGACUGAUUUUUCAGAGUGUUUGGUCUCAAGUCACACAGGUCAGGAGUAGAGGUAGGGACGAGGGCUUAUUCAUGUGUUUUUAAAGCUGACAUGGGAGCACAAUUAAGCUAGCUACCGUGUGUGUUGCACCCCGGGGCGGCAGGAUUACUGAUUUUACCAGCGUUUUUAGCUGGGCCCAUUUUUUCACAGGGCCUUUGGUGCCAAAACUUAGGAAUGGUCAUGAUCCAGUUGCAGACCUGAGCUCUCACCAGCACUCGGAGCCACUUUGCAAACUUCCCCUCAAGCCUUUUGUGUUUUUUUAAGCAGGGCUUAGUGAUGAAAACAGUGAGCCUGUGAGAGAUAGAGUGGUGCUUUUUUGUACUUUAUCACAACUGAGCUUUGGUUUAGGCUUUGACUCAUUCGUCCGAAGCCAUCAGAACACGAGUACAGGGACUUCUUGUUGAAAGUGUUAUUCUACAGUAUCCAUGGAGAACAAUAUGGUGGACAAGUGCACUUAUUUAGGAAGAGGAAAAAAUGUUGUCGAGUGAGUUUUGUUUCCCAGAUUUGAAGGUUUUUGGAGGGAGCACAACAGAGUCUGAGAGAUCUGGUUCAGACAUUCCUGCGUUAAGGCCAAAUCACAAUAAUGUAUGUUUCACUAGACGGAGAGGGACUCGUCUCCCUUCUCCAAACACAUGGCAGCAUUAUCAUUAGAAACUGUGCCUGAGCUCCAAACAGUAUUGUCAGGUUAACAUCCUGAAGCACUGUUGCAUUUAUGUAAAAAAAAAAAAAAAACAACAAAGAAAAGAAAAAAAAUUAGCCUCACAACACUGUUUGGUCUCAGACUGUAAAAUUGUAUAGCUUGUGAAUGUCAGAUACUGACAUGUAUUCCAGUGUAUGUGUUGUGUAUAUAUAUUAUAUAUAGUUCUAUUAACACAAAUGAUCCUCGCCGCCCCGAGAGUGUCAACCUUUUUAAACUGCCCUCCGCCAAUACACCAGCUUGUACACACACAAACACACACACACUCAUCGUAGGAGGACUGUCCACAUGCCGCUCACCUUGUAAAUACACUGUAUAUAGUCUCAGACUUUUUAUGACAGAUCUGUGUUGUUGUGCUAGUAAUACUUUCCAAGCUUACUGUGGACUUUAGUGAUAAAUGGCUAAAGUUAGUAUGUAUAUGAAAAAGACAAAUGCAAGACCAUUUAUUACAGUUUUUACCAAAGGGAGUUGAUGAUGAAAAAUAGCUGUUUUCCCCCCUUUGUGUGUUUCUUUCUGUCUUUUCUUUUUAAUUUCUGUAGUAAACAUGUGGAAAAAGUAGAAAUGUAUCCAGGUCUUUCAGUUUUUAUAUGAGAAAAUAACAUUUUCCCUCCUCUGAAUGUGACAUUUGGUUGCUUAAAAUCACUGCCCCCCCCCCUCCCUCCUCCUCCUGCCCCUCCUUUUUGAAACCCCAACACCGUCCGAGUUGAUGGUGGGACACAUUUCAAAGUUCAGUCUUCAGAUGAACGGACUCCACCACGGUCUCACCCUGUGAUGCACGCUUCCCCCCUCUUUUCUGGAUAGAUUUCUGCUGCAAACUUCACCCCACACCAUAUUUUUGAUAUUGGAAGAAGUCACUCGAGCAUGUCUUUAGUCCCUUUAUUUAGACAUUAUUUAAAGUAAUAAUAAAAACGACAUUUGUAGCCUACGGA